CCAACACACGGACCGAGACGGCCCACGACCCGAGUCGGCCCACGACUCGAGACCUAGCUCCUGCCGCCGACCACCAUCUCCGUCUCCUCCUCCUCCUCCUCCCCGCCGCUUACCGGACUGCAGUGAGUCUGGUGGUGCGGCUGCUUUGCUUAGUGGAGCGCCGCCAUGUUCGAGCCAACGACCCCCGCCCUUGCUGGGAAGGGCUUCGGGGCGCGGCAGCGCUGGAAGAUGCUUCUCUCGCUGGGGCUGGGCGUCGCCGGCGCCGGCUACGCCGCCUACCGCUUCUACAACGCGCACCAGAAGAAGCUAGUCCAGGUGGAGGAGGAGGAGGAUAUCAUCAAGCAACAGUUGCAAGGCCAGUUUGAAGAGGUGAAGGAGGAGCAGGAGGAAGGGAAGGAGGAGCAGGAGGAGCAAGGGGAGGAGGAGGAGGAGCAGCAGCAGCAAGUUCUUCCUCCUUUGCCGGAGGCAGACAGAGAUUGGAAGUCUUACUACUACCGCAACUGGGAUCACGUUCUACCUCCACCAACAUUGCAGCUCGCAAGUAGUCUGCCUCGCAUCCCCAGACAACCACACAAGACAAAAUGGAGUGGAGUAUGCUCCUUGCACUGCUAUGGCGAAACACUCACAGCGUUGUUACGGUUGGUCUACCGUCAAGACGGGGGCUUCAAUGUCGAUCAUUUGGCAUUGAUUCUCUCUGCUGCUGGCCAGGGAUUCCUUAGGGAAACAGGAGCAAGCAUUUAUGACAUAUCUCUGUUGAUUGCUCAGACUGGUAUUCCAUUUGAGCCCAGUAGCAUCCCAGCUUUCUUAUUCCCAAGUGAUGUUGUGCUGGAGCCGCAGCAUCGGGUGUACGCUCACGGUCUGUCGAUAACGUAUGGCUCAGCCCAGACGCUUCCACUUACUCAGGAGCCGUGGACCGAAGAGGCGAUUGCUCAAGGGCUUUGCCGUGACUCGACACGUGACCUGUUUGAGAAGGUUAUGAAAUUUCGCGAGUCACUAUGCAAGGUCAUCGAUGCCGGUCCCAUUGCUGUCACGCUGAAUCCGCAGCGCCACUAUUAUGACAUCCGUUCGGAUGAUGAGCCUUACAGGUUAAAAGCAAAUGGAGAAUACAUUAUGAUCAAGUUACCCAACGGCAAUGAGAUAAAGGCAGGGCAUGUCGUAACAGUGUACGGGUACGCAUGCCCGGGAGGCGAUGUGCGGAGUUUACUCCUCAACUAUCAAGAGAAUACAGUGAGGGCGCCAGCGCGAAACCAAGAUGAGGCCGCGGUGCCACAAGACCAAGUCAAUCCUGGCCGACAUCUAAUGGAUCCGGAUGCGUUCUAUGGCUACUACACACCGGGCGGCCUCAAGAACAUCAAAUUCACACUGAAGUAGCUACUCUGGAUGAUGGAACCUGAUCUAUUUAUGUCGUUUUAGCUACAUUUGCUAGUAUGUGCUGAACUAUGUAGAGCUGAACCCAUUGGUAGUCGAUGAAAAGCAAAGCAUCACAUGUAAUGGAAAUACACAUUUUUCAUUUCAGUCAUUUCCAGUAUGCUAUGCACGUGGAUGGACAAUAUGUGUGAUGACACCUGAAGCAUUUUGUUUUUCUUGGUGGGCUCAUCAUCUUUAGCUAUUGAAUCAUUUUGUCCUCA